CAGUUUCGGUUGUGCUGGGUUUUUCUCCCCUUAAAGUUCUCCUGUGUGUUAAAAAUUACCAGGCAUUUUUAAACCUCCAUCGCGCUUUUAUCAACUCUACAUAUCAUCAAAUCUAUUGAAAUUAUAACGACGUCGGUUUAUUAUGGAAGCAUUUCUAUGUUUACGCUGAAAAUAUGUGUCGAAUCUGGCCCUCCGUAAACUGAAGUGUAAUUUUACUUUGAUCGAUGCCGUCAUAGCGACGUGAUCACGUGACUAGCGGCAGGGACGGGGGCUUAUCUUGACGUGAUUUGUGCUCUUUGAAAUGUCCGACUCGUUGGCCGGAAAAAGACUUCGCAUGGCGAUGAUGAAGCGGUAAAAACAAGUCUGCGGGAAUGCCGGGCGCAGAGUAUGGGGAGCUUGGGGGCAGCCUCCCCGCCAUCGCCUCCCUCAACGCGUCCUACUCCACAUCGCUGUCCCUCCCGUCCCAGUACAUGUUGCUGCCGCUCGCCGAGCGCAAGCUCAUCUCGGACGUGCGACGCACCUUCUGCCUCUUUGUGACCUUUGACCUGCUCUUCAUCUCCCUCCUGUGGAUCAUCGAACUCAACAUCUCCAGCACCAUCUGGGACAGCCUAGAGAAGGAGGUCAUCCACUACCACUUUAGGUCGUCCUUCUUUGACAUCUUUCUGCUGGCUCUGUUUCGCUUCCUGUGCCUACAAGUGGGCUAUGCUGCCUUUCGCCUGAAGCACUGGUGGGUCAUCGCGGUCACCACUCUUGUGACCAGCGUCUUCCUCGUUGUGAAGGUCAUCGUUUCUAACCUGCUGUCCCAGAAUGCAUUUGGCUAUGUGCUGCCCAUCACCUCCUUUGUGGUGGCUUGGCUGGAGACCUGGUUCCUGGACUUUAAGGUGCUCACCCAGGAGGCAGAUGAUGAUAGAGCCUACCUGGCGGCGGUGAACGCGGCCUGCGAGCGCGCCCCCAUGAUGUACCCUCGCGCCCUCUCAGAUGGACAGUUCUACUCGCCGCCCGAAUCGGUUGCAGGCUCUGAGGAGGAUCUUGAUGAAGAGGGCCUCGGCCGGCGUGCCGUGACCGCUCAGGAGAAGGAGUAUGUAGGACAAGGACGCGAGGCUCUCACCAUCGUCGAGCAGAUCCUCGCCCAGGAGGACAACUGGAAGUUUGAAAAGAACAACGAUACGGGCGACUCGGUCUACACCCUGGAGAUUCCUUUCCACGGGAAGACGUUCAUCCUUAAGGCCUUCAUGCAGUGUCCUGCUGAGCUGGUGUACCAGGAAGUCAUCCUACAGCCUGAGAAGAUGGUCAUGUGGAACAGAACCGUGUCAGUCUGCCAGAUCUUGCAGCGAGUCGACGACAACACACUGGUCACAUACGACGUCUCAGCUGGGGCGGCCGGAGGAGUCGUAUCCGCCCGAGACUUUGUCAACGUCAGACGGGUGGAACGUAAACGCGACUGCUACCUGUCUGCGGGCAUGGCGACCGACCACGUUGCCAAGCCUGCCUGCGGUCGCUACGUCAGAGGAGAGAACGGCCCUGGCGGAUUUGUGGUCCUUAAAUCCAGCAGCAACCCGUCCGUGUGCACCUUCAUCUGGAUCCUCAACACUGACUUGAAGGGUCGACUACCCCGCUACCUCAUCCACCAGAGUCUCGCCGCCACCAUGUUCGAGUUCAUGUCCCACCUGCGCCAACGCAUCGCAGACCUGCGGCCCGCCAUGCGCUGCCACCACCAGCGCUGACGCUUGGGAUGACACAGCGCCCACCGCUGGACAGGAGGUGUCACUGCAACUCAUCCACUGUUUAAAAAAAGAAAUACGGAGAUGAAGAAGGUUGCCUUUUCUGAGGACACACCGAAAACACAAGUUGCGUCCCGCGGGGAAGUGGCAAUGACACGGUUGUCAGAAGCUUUGCUCUUCCUUGCUUGUUACAAAGACUUCUCUCUUCUGAGCCUUAUCCUUUCUUGCACAGACGCUUGAUUUUUUGUGUGCGUCACAUUGUUGCUGUUUAGCGACAAGACACUUGCAUGCUGAGGGUUUUCCACUUGGCCACAAGAGGGAGACACCACAUAUCUGUGCUUACCUUCUGGCCCCAAAAAAACGCAAAAAAAGAGGCUGCCUAAGUCAUUUGUGGUCGGAGAAGUAGUGAAAAUUAUCUGAUAUUAUUUCUAAGAGCCUGAGGCCAUCAAGUUAAAUAUUUGAAAGGUUUUGAUGAUUGUAAAAUAAAAAAAGGUGGAACAUUAAUGUGCCCAUUAGUGGCCUCAGUACUGUGUCCACCAGGCACUAAAGCUGCAUCCUGGUUGUUCUUUUGGGCUAAUCAGAACAUCAGGAUGCUGGCGGCACGCUAAGGACGUCAAGUGGCCUUGUAGCGAGCUCGUUAUUAAUUUCACUUAGUCUUUGUUUUUUUUUUAUCAUGCUAUCUUUUAUGUGGCAAAUUAUAGUUGCUGUCGGUGAGUGUUGAUCAUGUGAUGCCUUGCUACAGGGAACACUCUGUUCCUCCCUCAUUAGACAUGUGAGUGUGAAGAAAUGUCAAAAGAAAGCAACGAGUCGUAUCAAAAAUAUAUUGGUGCCUUUAUUGCCGACACGUCCUUUUUUAUUUUGAUUAUUAUUGUGCUUUUCAUUUUAAUUCACACGCUCUUUUUUUAAUACAGUCACACACAUCACACUGUUUAUACGUCGUUUACAGCGUCAUACAAAUUCUAACUGACCAACUGGUUGUUCGUUUUUAUCUAGUGUCUAAUAAAAUGAUUAUUUCCUGGUUAUAAAGUCCUGCUUUUUAU